UCCGCAAUACUAGGAGAGAGAGGGGGGAAAAACUCCAGAGGAGAAAAACAGAAACUAAGACUGAAGUCAGCGUGAAGCGCACUGUACUGAAUGAAGGCGAGCGUCAGAGGCAUGAGCAGCACGAGUCAGCGAGAGCUCACGAAUCAAAGUUCCCUCAAUGAGAGACGCGAGACGAGUGCAAACCCCAGAUUGAUCCGUGCGUGACGCGGCUCUCCUAAAUGUUUAUUUACCAAACGUGAAAAGUCUCCAGACCCGUUUUAAAGGACUUUAUGAAUUCUUUUGUAUAUCCAGCUUCCAAAAAAUAUGGAUGAAGUUGCGAAAGUGGAGCCGCUGUGAUGUUUGGAGGAGAUAGCGGAGUCUGUCUGAAGAGUCUUGUGGAAUGAGUCGAACCGCAUCAGCGACUGUUAUUCCAGUGGAUUCUCCUUCUGAGCUCGCUUUUUGAGUUUUAGGAUUAUCUGGAAUGUUUGCGAGGUGGAUUUCGCCCGGUUCAGUUCGGUUCACUGUUUGGCUUUGGCUGCUCACGGUGUCAGUAACUCUCGGGUUUGCUUCAGAGCUGAAGGUGAGGGUUCGUUUGGCCGAUGGACAGAUCACAGAUGAACUUCUGGAGGCGGACAGUGAGAGAGACUCCAUCACUGUGGAGUUUAAACAGGGAGAUGGGACUCUUAUAACUUUUGUGGCCGAUUUCAAGCAGGAUGUGAAGAUCUUCCGGGCGCUGAUCCUGGGAGAACUGGAGAGAGGGCAGAGCCAAUAUCAGGCGCUCUGCUUCAUCACACGCCUCAACCACAAUGAGAUCAUCCCCAGCGAGUCCAUGGCCAGACUCCGACAGAAAAAUCCCCAGGCCAUCCGAACGGCAGAAGAGAAGAGAAAUACGGAGAUGCUGAGCAUGAACGUAGCAGUCAAUUUGACACGGACGUGGCAGCUGAGUGCCCACAUCCACAACAUGUGCAGCGUCGCCCGGGAGGCCGUGUACACUCGUGAGGCUGAUGUCAGACACUGGCUGGACAGAGGCAUGGAGGCCUCCAUGUUCGAGCCUCAAGCAGUGGAGGUGCCAGGCCUGCAGAGCUGCGGGACAGUGAAGGACCUGUGGCAACCUUGUUCCUGUAGCUACAACCUCAGACUGGAAUGGUACCCCUGCCUGCUGAAGUACUGCCGCAACAGAGACGUCUCCGGCAAGGGAAGCCCCUAUAAAUGCGGCAUCAAGAGCUGCAGCAAAGGCUACCAGUUUACUUACUACGUACCCCACAAACAGCUGUGCCUAUGGGAGGAAGAGACCUAGAAUGAUAUAUGCUUCUGCAAAAACAUAUUUAAUGUGACCUUCACCACAGGUUUCAUUCACCUCCAAGCCUUCAGACUCGUGCCUUCUGCACAGAGCAGAAAUGAUGCUGGAUGGAGUGUGAUUCGAGGAGCGCUAGCACUCUAAUUUUGAUUCUCCAGAGCACGUCUUUGUGCUGGUCAGUAGUUUUAAAACUCCUUUGCUCUGUGGAACGAGUGGAAUUGAGAGCCAAGCGAGUUUGGGAUGAGCAACCUGUGAAUUAGUCAGUAUAUAACAAGAUAUAAUCUUAAAAUUAGCUGGAAAUGGUUGCCAAUUAUUUUUUUUUUCUGAAACUUAUUUAUUUUGCAGUGGGAAAUGAUUGAAGAUACAUAAGCACAGCGCACAUGUUAAGAGAAAGUGCAUUUUCUCUCUCUUUUUUUUUUUUUUUUUUUUGAUUCAAAGCACUGUAUUAAGUUCUAGUGAACAUACGCAUGCUUUGAUUAAUAUCGGUACAGACAGAAAAUGCUAUUAAUUCAACUUUCAAUUCAGACAGAUUCAAUCAUGUGAAUGAUCUCACCUCAAGUCUUAAUGCUGGGAUUCUUUGGGAGUAUAUGUUUUUGUUUUCACAAGGAUGGACUUUACUCAAUUGCACAACAGUAUCAUUUAAAGGAACAGUUCACCCAAAAAUUAAAAUUUAGUGAUCAUUUAAUCACUCACAUGAGUUUCUUUCUUAUGGUGAACACAAAAGAAGAUAUUUUAAAGAACCAACAGUUGUUGGUCCCCAUUGACUUCCAUAGGGAAAGAAAUACUAUGAAAGUGUCAGCAUUCUUCUAAAUAUCUUCUUUUAUUAACAUCAAAAAGAAACUCAUACAGGUUUGGAACGACAUGAGGGUGAGUAAAUGAUUAAAUGUACAAUUUUGGGUGGACUGUCCCUGUCCAGCUGGAUCAAUAUACAAACUCAGUUUGAAGUAUGGACUCUCAUAAGUUGGGAACAGGCAACACUGCAAACCUGACAUGAGGAAACCAAUGUACGUGAGAUGGAAAAUAUACAGAGAAAGCUGAUGAAAUCCUGUUUAGAUUGUCACUACUGUUCAUCCAACACUGCCAUCUUCUGGUUAUGCAGCAUUACUGUCACUCAGGCUUCUCCUAUCAGUAUGACCUCAAAAUAUCAGCUGUGAAACCAUCACAAAUACGGAUUCACAAUCUUUUGUGUGGUAUCGAACGUCCUCAAAGAAUUCACUUUCAUUCAACAGGACCAAAUCCGCAGACUCUAUCAUUGUUCCACAUUUCACUUUUCAGCUCACAACUUCUUGUUCUUACAGUGGGAAUGUUCACGUUUAACAUGCCACAGGUGACUCGGUUGUUGUUCAUGGUACUAAAAUGUUUAUACUGAUUUAUUUAAUUUUGUUUCAAAGAGUUUAAGUGUUAUGUUAAAAGUGUUGUUUGAGAUUACACCUUCCCUAACCUUCCCAAACAACAGCCAUUGUUUGGAAUACAAGUGCCUUUGGUGAUUCAGUGUUUACUGAGUCUUUUUAAGGAUAAAGCUGUUAUGAAUAAAGUA